CCUGCCAUUGCGCGAGUAUGUCGGCGAUACAUUUAUUCUGUAUCUCGCUUCUAGUUCUUGUCUUCGCAUCAGCCAUACAUGGGUGCGAGAGUGACCAGUUUACUUGUACUGACGGGAAGUGCAUUCCCAAUAGCUGGGUCUGUGAUGGAGCCUCCGACUGUGAGGAUCACUCUGACGAGGGAAUUACAUGUGGGCCUACAGAGUGCGUAGAGAAUGAAUUCCAAUGCGACAUCUCUUUGUGCAUACCAACUCGAUGGGUUUGCGAUGGAGACACAGAUUGCCUCAACGGUUCAGAUGAACAGAAUUGUGAAAACCUGACUUGUUCUGAUGAAGAAUUUAAGUGUAAUAAUAGUGUCUGCAUACCUGUUAAAUGGGUAUGUGAUAAACAAGAUGACUGCUCUGAUAACUCUGACGAAAACGGAUGUGAAGAUCAAGAAAGGACGUGCGCAGACAAUGAGAUGGCGUGUAGUAGCGGUCAUUGUAUUCCUAUGGCGUGGCACUGUGACGGUGAUGACGACUGCAGUGACGGAACUGACGAGGUCAACUGUCUCCAGGACGUUACCUGUUCCUCAAGUGAGUUCACGUGUGGCGAUGGUCAGUGUAUCACGGAUUCUUGGCGUUGUGAUGGUGACACCGAUUGUUCAAAUGCGAUGGAUGAGACAGACUGCGGCUCUACUCAAAGACCAUCAUGUAAGGGUACUCAGUUCACGUGUGACGAUGGGUCGUGCAUCCACAUGGCGUGGGUAUGUGACGGCGACCCAGACUGCAUGGACGAUUCGGACGAGAGAGAUUGCGAGAAUGACGGCUGCACUGACGAACAAUUUACGUGCAAGUCUGGCGUGUGUAUCCCAAAAGAAGCAGAGUGUGAUGGCAAAAUGGACUGUUACGACGCUAGUGAUGAGAGCGACUGUACACCGGCACCAGUGUGUGAUAUUAACACUCACUUCACGUGUGACAACGGUGCAUGUGUCGAACAUAGUAAAACCUGCGACCGUAAUAACGACUGCGGUGAUUGGUCGGACGAGCCUUCGCCACAAAUAUGCGUUCUUAACGAAUGCAAACAUCAAAAUGGCGGAUGCUCCCAGACGUGCAUCGACUUGCCAAUUGACUAUUACUGUGAGUGUGCCUCUGGUUUUAGACUGUCUUGGGACAAUAAGACGUGCAAAGACAUCGACGAAUGUGGUGAAAAUCCUGACAUAUGCGGACAUUUAUUUUGUUUCAAUGACGAUGGCGGAUUUCAUUGCGCAUGUCCAAAAGAAUAUGUUAUUUACCCGGAUGGAGUAUGCCGACUAAAAGAAAGGGAUGCCGUUCUUCUCGUUGCCAACAGAAAACACAUUGUCCAGAUCGACUUAAGUGAUGAAUUUAACUCAAAAGAAAUAUUGUUUACAGACCUGCAAUCUGCAACUGCGUUAGACGUGGACGUGCGGAAGAGGAAGAUAUACUGGACCGAUAUUGGCGCUGAGACAAUUAAUGGGGCGUCACUGGAUAACAAAGACGGGAAUUUUGAUGUGAUCCUGGACACGAACAUCUCAAUUGCAGAUGGACUUGUGGUUGAUUGGGUUGCUGGCAACAUAUACUGGACUGACACGGGUAGGAACACUGUUAAUGUUGUCAGUGAGGAUGGCCAGUUCAGGAAGACACUAUUCAACCACGACGUCGAUGAACCUAGAGCUUUGGCAGUCGAUCCACAAGAAGGAUUAUUCUAUUGGUCUGAUUGGGGAUCAAAUAGAAUUGAAAGAGCCGGCAUGGAUGGAUCAAACCGACAGACCAUACUCAGCGAUGACCUGGGCUGGCCCAACGGUAUAUCAAUCGAUUACAUAAGCAGGAAAUUGUAUUGGGUAGAUGCUAAACUCCAUACCAUCAGUUACAGCGAUAUGGACGGUCAACAACGAAUCACUUUGCUAAAAGACAGUGUUCUUCUGAGUCAUCCAUUCUCUUUGGUCGUUUUCGGAGGUCGCGUGUAUUGGAGUGAGUGGAGUUCAGAGAGCGUAUAUUCAGUCAACAAGUUAAAUGGUCGGGAUGUGAAGACUCAUGCUCAAGGGCUGUACACGCCCAUGGCAGUUCGAGUAGUACAGGAAACUCGCCAACUAAACGAAGUGAACUAUUGCGGGGACAAUAAUGGCGGCUGCUCUCAUCUGUGUCUGUUAGCUCCCACAAUAACAAAUGAAAACAGAUACACAUGCGCAUGUCCAGACGGAAUCGAACUUCUCAGUGAUGACAGAACAUGUUAUGGGGAAGGUGCUGAACCGGUACCGGAACCGACGACUGGGAGCAUGAUCGGACGACAUCCGAAAGUCGUCAUUAACGGGCUGGUUGAUGACAUAGUCGAUUAUUCACUGCAAAACAACGAAAUGUUCAACCUGCAGUGCACGACAUCGAUCGUUGAGGGCGACAAACAGGUAAACUGUUCUCCUUCGAGCGAUUCUCCCGGCCUUGAUGGUACUGGUGCGGUUAUGGGCCAGUUUGAGUGUCGCUCUAAAGACGAGGAUGUCAGAGGAAAGCUUCCCAAGAAACUAAAACGGAAACAAAAAAGGAUGUUUAAGAGAAAGUUUUUGAAAAAAAAUAAAAAGAUGAAAAAAGCAAAAGCAGUUAAUAGUGGUAUGGCGCUGAAGAUCAAUAAUCAAUAA